AUGAAAAAAGCCUGCAAAUUUAAAAAGAAGAAUUUAGAAGUUUGCUGCCCUUACAAUCCUAAUCAUUUAAUGCCCUUUAGUCAAUUAUGGUUUCAUUUAUCAUCUGGCUGUGAAGACAAAUAAAAGUUUGGUUAAUAAUCUGUCUUAAUUUAGGUCAUCUGUAUAAGAUAUGUCCUUAUAAUUCAUUGCAUAUUUUAUAAAAGGAACACUAUGAUGAUCACAUUAAGAACUGCCAAAAAAAGAUAGAUGUAGAUGAUGAUCUAUUGAAACAGAUGAGUACUGUAGCUUAGGUAUAAUUUGAUGAGGAAAAUUAAUUUCAGGAUUAAUUUAAAUCUAGAAAUUGCAAUAAUAAAUAUAAGAAAUAUUAUUGA